AUGAUCCUUGCACUGACCGAGAAGCGCAGGGCGACCACGAAGAAGCGCAGCAGGAGGAAGAAGGGCUCGCGCGGCAAGGACGCCGCAGCGACCAAUGCAAGCGAUGAAGCGCGAGCCAUAGACGACUCAUGCGGCUUCGUGCUUACGACGAGCGACGGAGUAAGAGCCACGGACGGCACGCGCGGCCUUUUACUUGCGGCGACCGAUGCCACGGGCGUCGACCGAGGAGACUGGAUCCUCGAUAGCGGCACGAGCCGGCAUCUUGUCAAUGACGAGUCGCUGCUGCUCAAGUCGACGGCUUGCAUCCACGAGAUUGCAAUGGCAGACGGCGAGUCGCUUCACCUGACGCGUGCCGGCAGCGUGCGCCUCGAGGUAUUCGCGCGCGGCGCUGAGGUGUUAGAGACGCUCACGGAUGUGUACUUGGCGCCGCGACUGGCAAAGAACAUUGUGUCGUACGGCAAGCUCGCGAACAAAGGAUUUGCCCUAGUGCACUCCGGCGACAGGCUCUCGCUCGCUCGGUGCAGCGAUGGUGCGGUCGCUUUCAGUUUCACAAUCGACAGCAACGUGCUGUAA